AUGUCGAAGAAGGAGAGUAAAGUCAGCAUGAGCAAAAAUUCGAAGCUCCUGUCCACCAGCACCAAGAGGAUCCAGAAGCAGCGGGCAGGCAUCACUUUAGACCCUCUGCCAAACUGCAGUGUUGGUCCCAAGGGUGACAACAUCUAUGAGUGGAGAUCAACCAUUCUGGGUCCUCCAGGGUCUGUGUGUGAAGGUGGAGGAUUCUUCCUUGACAUUACUUUUACCCCAGAGUAUCCCUUCAAGCCUCCAAAGGUUACAUUUCGUACAAGAAUGUAUCACUGUAAUAUUAAUAUCCAAGGAGUUAUUUGCUUAGACAUAUUGAAAGACAACUGGAGCCCAGCACUAACCAUCUCUAAAGUCCUCCUUUCUAUCUGCUCACUCUUUACAGACUGCAAUCCUGCUGACCCUUUGGUGGGAAGUAUUGCCACUCAGUACAUGACCAACAGAGCAGAACACGACAGAAUGGCCAGACAGCGGACCCAGAGAUACGCUACAUAAACUGGGUUUUCAGUUCUUACAUGAUUUGUCUGUCACAAAAGAGAGCUGCUUAUGAUUUUGAAAGGCUGUGGGUGG